GGCUGCGAGGCGGGGAGGGGUCUGGAGGGCCGCCCGGGCCCGUCAGUCAGGCAGCGGGAGCCGCCGGGAGCGGAUGGCGGCGGCUGUAGCGGGCCCCCUCGCUGCCGGGAGCGAGGAGGCGGCGCCCACCAGCGCCGUGCCGGGAACCUUGGGCCUGCCCGGGAGCCGCAGUGCCGAGCGGGCCCUGGAGGAGGCCGUGGCCACCGGGACCCUGAACCUGUCCAACCGGCGCCUGAAGCACUUCCCUCGGGGCGCGGCCCGCAGCUACGACCUGUCAGACAUCACCCAGGCUGAUCUGUCCCGAAACCGGUUCCCCGAGGUGCCCGAGGCCGCGUGCCAGCUGGUGUCCCUAGAGGGCCUGAGCCUCUACCACAACUGCCUGCGCUGCCUGAACCCAGCCUUGGGGAACCUCACAGCACUCACCUACCUCAACCUCAGCCGCAACCAGCUGUCCUCACUGCCCCCCUACAUCUGCCAGCUGCCCCUUCGAGUGCUCAUCGUCAGCAACAACAAGCUGGGGACCCUGCCCCCAGACAUCAGCGCCUUGGGAAGCCUGCGGCAGCUUGACGUGAGCAGCAACGAGCUGCAGGCCCUUCCAGUGGAGCUGUGCAGCCUCCCUGCCCUUCGGGACCUCAAUGUGCGAAGAAACCAGCUCAGCGCCCUGCCUGAUGCACUAGGGGACCUCCCUCUUGUCCGCCUGGACUUCUCCUGUAACCGAGUGUCCCGCAUCCCAGUCUCCUUCUGCCGCCUCAGGCAUCUGCAGGUCGUCCUGCUGGACAGCAACCCCCUGCAGAGCCCACCCGCCCAGAUCUGCCUGAAGGGGAAGCUUCACAUCUUCAAGUACUUGUCAACCGAGGCCGGGCGGCGUGGGGGGGCCUCCCUAGGGGAUCUGGCCCCUUCCCGCCCCCCAAGUUUCAGUCCCUGCCCGGCUGAGGACUUAUUCCCGGGACGGCGGUAUGACGGCGGGCUGGACUCCGGCUUCCACAGUGUUGACAGCGGCAGCAAGAGGUGGUCUGGAAAUGAGUCAACUGAUGAGUUUUCUGAGCUGUCCUUCCGGAUAUCAGAGCUGGCCCGGGAGCCUCGGGGGCCCCGGGAACGGAAGGAGGACAGCUUAGCUGACGGGGACCCCGAGCAGAUCGACUACGUCGACGGCCAGGUGCCUGGGGAGGAUGAGGAGCGAGGUGCUGCCGAGGAGCAGCGGCCCCCAGAAUCAAGCUCUGUGGUGGAGGAUGGGGAGCGGGCACCAGGCAGCAGGCGGGAGGAGCUGGCAGGGGAGGAGCGGCGGCGCCCCGACACCUUGCAGCUGUGGCAGGAGCGUGAGCGGCGGCAGCAGCAGCAACAGCAGACUGGCAUGUGGGGAGCCCCCCGGAAGGACAGUUCACUGAAGCUGGGGAACAGGGCCACUGUCACUUCUGUUCAGUCCCCCUCCAACAGCACCACUGCAAAGUCUACUGUCACCCAGCUGGGGGCUCCCGGGGGGCAGGGAGCCCCCACCUCCACCCCUGCCCCCCGGGAGCCCCUCCCUGCAGCUGUACCAGUGUCAGCACCCACUCCCCGGCCACUCGGCUCCAUCCAGAGACCAAACAGCUUCCUGUUCCGAUCCGCCUCCCAGAGCGGUUCAGGCCCUUCCUCCCCAGAUGCGGCCCCCCGAGCCAGGCGCCCCCCCCAGCUUCUGGACGAGAAGGAGCUGAUGGCUCAGCUGCGACAGGUCCUGGAGUCUCGCCUGCAGCGACCCCUGCCUGAGGACCUGGGCGAGGCUCUGGCCAGCGGGGUCGUCCUCUGUCAGCUAGCCAACCAGCUGCGGCCCCGCUCUGUGCCCUUCAUCCACGUGCCCUCUCCUGCUGUGCCAAAACUCAGUGCUCUCAAGUCGAGGAAGAAUGUGGAGAGUUUCUUAGAAGCCUGUCGAAAAAUGGGGGUGCCGGAGGCUGACCUGUGCUCGCCCUCAGACCUGCUCCAGGGCACCACCCGGGGGCUGUGGACCACCCUGGAGGCUGUGGAGCGGGUGGGGGGAAGAGCCCCCCCUCCCCUCUGGCCCCCCUCUGGUCUGGGCGGCUUCGUCCUCUUCUACGUGGUCCUCAUGCUGCUGCUCUGUGUCGUCUACACUCGGCUCCUGGGCUCCUAGGACCGGAAGUCCACCCCCUAUUUCUAUUUAUGACUCCUGAGCGACCUGCCCCCACCGUGGUGCCUUCAGCCCCCACCAAAGACACUAGCGAGCCCCCACUGACCUUGGGCCCCCUCCUGUAGCCUGCCCCAUGCCUUCAGGCCUCCCGGGGGGGGGGGGUGUCCCACCCUCUGCCCUUGCUCCACCUGCUGUGGGGUGAAAUUAUAUUUUGUAGAGAGAGCGCUAUAUUUGUAGGGGUGCAGGACCCAGGCUGGGUCUCUUGUAUAAACUGUACAGACUGGU